CGAACCACAACAGUUUGUCAGUGAAACUCAAUGUGUACAGACGCAACGGGUACGUUUCUACGUUUCGGUUAACGGUUACGAUUUAACAUUACAUUUACGAUAAAAACGAAUGAAAUUGAAACUGAGAAACAUAUUUUUGAAUAAAAUUUUAAAAAGAUCCAUAUGGACGUACUAAGUGCUGGGCUAUAGGUAGUAGUAGCCCUAUUGGUGGUUUAUGGUGGCUGUCGUCGUUGUUUUAAUGAAUGCGUACGCGGCGGUUUUGUUGUGAAGAUUAAAGAAAAGUAAAACCACCACCAUAGGAUAACAACCGGCAACUGUUUCCCCCAUAAAGCGAACGACUACCUGAGCGACGACGACGAUCUCUGAUGCUGGUGGUGGCAGUAAUGAAAUCAAUCCUAAAGUGUGCAUCACCAUUACCGUGGUGGCGGCCAUACGCCUAAACAAAUGUGGAUGGAUAGAUGAUAUCAAGACGAUCACUUAGAUGCGAUCAAAGAAAAUUUUGUAUGCCUGAGAACGAACGGUGGAGAGGGUUAGGGACACACUACAUCAUCAUCAUCAUGAUCUGUAGAUGAUGUAAACAAAAGUAAAAACAACAAUAAAAGUCUUUGAUGUUUUCUCGUCCAAUGGACUGUGGCAUUAGUGUGCUGUAGUAGUGGGGAAGUCUCUCCCAGAAAGAUAUCAAAAGAAAAAAUAUUUUAUUGUGCACUUUUUCGACUUCAACGAAGAUGUAUGAAAAACAAAAAAUAAAGUGAAAAACUCGUCCAAGAUCCCCUGGCACCGGAACACCAUAAUAGCAAGGCAUGCUGAGUGCAAACUGAAAUUGCUUUGUUUAUUUAUGAAUUUAAAUGAGAUCUGAGAAAAACCGAUUAUAGUUUAAAAAAGGAAAAUAUCCAAAGAUAUUAAAGAGAUUGAUCUGCGAAAGUGUUUACCUAACAGAAAAAAAUAAUGCAAAUGUAAAAAAAAAAACAACAACAAUCACAUUGAAACAUAAUUAUAACAUUUAAAAGAUUCUCUAGAAGAGUAAGCUUUUGUGAUAAGUUAUUAAACAAGCUAUCUAUCAUCUGCAGAGAGUUAACAAAUAUUCCAACUACUGGAAAUAACAAUGACGUUAAGCAGCAUGUAUUCCAGUUUGAAAUUCCUGCAAGCCGCCUAUUUUUGGCUUACUUUUGUGGUUUUGGCAACAUCAAGUCAAAGCUCAAAGCUUUCUUCGCCUUUGUCCUCGGUGGGUCACCAUCAUCAAAUGGGUUCCCUGGACACCCAACAAACAGCCAAUGGAUUACAAUGUCAACGCAUUACCGUCUCAGCCUGUCAUGGUGUGGGCUACAAUAUGACAGCCUUUCCCAAUCUAGCCGGUCACACCAAUCAAUUGGAAGCCGAACUAAGGAUUACAAAACUUCUACCCCUUAUUGAGUCGCAUUGCUCAAAUACCAUACGUUUCCUGCUUUGUUCUUCACUUUUCCCGCUGUGUACACCGGAUGUGCCGCGACCAGUGACAGCCUGCAAAUCAUUGUGUGAAUUUGUAAAAAGUGAGUGCUCAUCGCAUACGGAAUUAAUGCAAUUAUGGCCUGAAUUUCUUAAAUGCGAACAGCUACCCAGCCCUGAACAUCAAGAGCUGUGCAUGCAAAUACCCACCAUACCAACACAUGUUAACAAAACCGGCGAGGAGAAGUCCCCAUUGCAAGAGCAGCACUUACACAAUUCUCGACAAUUGCAGAUACCACAGCAGGUGCAACAACAUCAUCCAAUGCAGCAGCAACAGUCACAGGUGCCACAAGCACCACCGCCGCCCCCACCCAACCAUCAUUUCUACUGGCCCUGGAUGUCGCAGCACAUCAGCAAGGCCAUUAAGCCCACAGCCAUUUGUCCGACAAAUUUCACCGUCAACCCCUUGAAUGCCGAUGAAUGUGUACCCCAAUGUAGUCGCGAUGGUUUCCACACCACUCAGCAAAAGAAAAUUGCCGAAAGCUUGAUCCUGGGCCUAUCAGCCAUAUGCUUUGUGCUGACUUUAUUCUCCCUGGUCACGUUUUGGGCAGAACCUACGCGCUUUGGCUACCCCGAAAGACCGGUGCUAUUCUUGUGCCUAUGUUAUAAUCUCUUCUCGGUUUGCUAUCUGGAGAGAAUUGUGUUUCACAACUCAUCACGAGCUUUUGCUGUAAUCGAAGAUCCUUUGAGCAAAACCCAACAUCCUGCCUGUUCCCUGACUCCCCCAUGUUUGGCUUCGUAUAUAACGACCAGUUAUUUGAGUUUGAGUGCUGCCACCUGGUGGUUAAUAUUUGCCCUAUGCUUUUAUUUGUCAUCCCACAAUAAAUGGUCCUCGGAGGCUUUGGAAAAAAAAUCGGGACUUUUUCAUGUUUUGGCUUGGGUUCCCCCUUUGGCCCCGCCCAUUGCAGCCCUGCUAAUGGAGAAGGUCAAACCAAAUGAAUUGACUGGCAUGUGUUCGGCUCCUGGUUUUGUGGAAAUACCUGCGAUUGUUUUGCUGUUACUGGGAUUCUUUUUCACUCUGAGGGCCUCCCGAUCUCUUCAUGCCUUGCAACAACAGAUGCUGCCCACAUUUGGUCAUCAGAGGUUCUCCCAGAUACGCAAACGUUUUCUCAUCUUUUCACUGCUCUUCUUCGUGCCAACCAUGGCGGGGGUGGUAAGCAGAUUCUUUGAGCCCCACAUGGACUCUGUGCCCACAUGCUCGACGCGUGAGGACUGUGCCUCGCCCAGCCCGCUACUGUCAUGGCCGACACUGCUGCGCCUGUUUUUCCAGUUGACAGGUGGCACCCUGACUGGCAUGUGGGUAUGGUCGCGCAAGACGUGCGAAUCGUAUCGCAGUCGUCUGGUGCCCACACCCACCUCAUCCAUGACCAAUACCACAACGAAGUCGGCCACUUCGUUGCCCAAGAAACACUUGCACACCUCGGGCAAGUCUACGAUUGGAGCUCCUCUCUACAGUGGCAUUAACUUUCACACAGUGCCCGUCUACACGACCACCACCACCAUUAUGCCGCCGCCGCGAGUGUAGCCUCUCCAUAGGGCGGAUCCAAGGGCGGGUGUACAUAAUCAAGGGAAGUUCAUAGUUAUUUAAAUUUUAAGAUGUAAAUAAAAACAAACGAAAAACCCCAAAUGAUAGGACUCGAAUGUUGUUCUCUGUGUAUAAAUGUAUUUCCAUGAUACAAGUAGGCUAAGUUACAAUAACAAAGUCCAUUAUGAUUGUAAAUUAUUAAGAUGGUUUUUGGCGACGAGACGAACCCACUUCCCAGUUAUUAUGCCCUAUCGCACCCCUUUUGUCAUUUUUGUAAAAUGGACAAUUGGAGGCAAAGGGUAGAUCUAUCUUUAGUUGUUAAAUUAGUUCAGUUCGUGACUGAUGUAGAAGAAAAAAAAUAUUGAAACCGAAAAAAAAUUCUGGUUAAUUUUUUUUUGUUUGAGUUUCGCGAUUUAUUUGUUAAUAGCACCUCUAUUCCAAAUGUCAUUAUCAUAACUAUCAUCAUGAUCAUUGCUAUAACUAUUAUUAUUGUAUUCAUUAAAUGUGUUAUUAGUUUAUAAUUUAUUUAAUUUAUUUGUGCACUUGCACUUGCAUACGUGGCAUUUGUGUGCGCCUGUAAGUCUCUAAGUACAGUUGAUUUGUAUCUCUCUGAUUUGUUGUAAGUAUUAUUUAUAGACAUCGACAUUGUAAAUAAAAGAAAAACACAUUUCUUUAGGUUUAUUUAAGAGUGCAUGACUUACACAAAAGUAUUUAGCGCCUAAUUGAGAACAGAAACUGAGAUGUUUGUAUGAAAAGUAAAAAUAAAAUUUUCUAUGAAAAAUAAAUGAGAAUAAUUUCAAUGUUAAAAUAAA